GACACCUGACCGACUUUACCAACUGACCCAUGUUUGACUUUGCUCAUAUCACGUAGGCGAGUUGGAGACGAGCAAAGGCUUUCACUACUGAAGAAGUAUCCUACAUUAAAGUCCCACCUCUGCUGUCCAGAUGCUGUCUACCCGAGCUCUGGUCCGGGGGCUGCAGGCCGGACUCUGGAGGAGAGUGUCCACCUCCACUGGUGCACUGGCUGCCCACGCUCAUGCCUCAGCCGUGGAUGUGAUUGACUGCAGCGUUCCUCAGUACAACAACCGCCUGGACACACCACUGCCCGACAUCCCAUUCAUCACAAAUCUCACUCCCGAGCAGAAGACACUGAAGGAGAAGGAGAAGGAUGCGUGGACCAAUCUUACCAAGGAGGAGAAACUUGCACUGUACAGGCUCUCCUUUGAACUGAGCUAUGCUGAGAUGAAGAAGGGAUCAGAUGAGUGGAAGACUGUGCUGGCCGGCAUCUUCUUCUUCCUCGGCUUCACCGGCGUUUUGGUAUGGUGGCAGCGCAUUUACGUGUACGGUGACGUUCCCCACACCCUGUCGCCUGAAUGGGUGGAGAAGCAGACCCAGAGGAUGAUCGACAUGAGGGUGAAUCCUGUGCAUGGCUUCAGCCACAAAUGGGACUAUGAGAAGAAACAGUGGAAGUAGGAGAAUCACUUUCGCUACAAGUUUAGCGAAACCCAUCUUUAACCUGUGGAAGACUCAAAGCUCAACCGCCUUAAAACAUAUUCAAUAUGUCCAAUAAAGACAGACUGGAAUGUAAA